GUGUGUGUGUGUGUGUGUGUGUGUGUGUGUGUCUGUAUUCCUAACAUGCCGAGGUAAUUCAUUGAAAAACACACCCACGUACUGAGGUACCAAAAACUACCGAGGUACUUUUUCCCGUUACCUCGGAACGUGUACCUCGCCAAACGCUUGUCAUUACCAUAUUCCACAUUUUCGGCUCGUUUCCACGGGUACCUCGAAAUAACGUUGUAGUACUUUUGUGUGUGUCAGAGUGUGACCCCACACACUUGACGUUCAUCUCUGAUAUUUGGUUGGUUUCUGUGGUUCCCGUCUUGAAAAGCGGGAACAGAAUAGCACCAACAGGGAACCAUCGUACCAAAACCGACAAACUCCUCACAGCAGUUACUUCCCUUAGGCAUGCGCCCGGUCAUAAAUCCGAGAAAAAGCUCGUACACAUGUCGAGGCCAUGCCCCAUCUGUAGCCUGCAAGGUAUCACGACGCUGUAUGCGAGGGUCAGCGACUAUAUCUGGGAAGGUGCCUGACUCCGCCACAGCGUACAGGUCAGCAACCGUGUCCGGGUAUGCUGCCCGUUACAGUUUGGCCAACCCACUGCCGCCACCACGCCCAGAAGAGAGCUCUUCGGAGGACGAGCAGACACUGAACACCUUCCUCACCCGGGAGUGCUGUCUCAGCCUCGGCCCGCAUUCCCGCGUCAUGCUUGGUCGUUAAAGCUUUUCGAUUGUGGAAGAAUUCAUCAUGCACGCGGCCACGUGCUGUCGGGGGCAGUACAACGUGGCGAAGCGUCUGGAGUCCAAGAUGAAGCUGAACCGCUUCCUGGCCCUGAGCGGGUAGACUGAGGGGGCCAUGUUGGCGGACAUGCUGGUGUGAGGAGGACACAUGGAGGUCCAUGACAACUACCUAACCAAGACCUACCAGCCAGGAACAGUUCGAUCCGCCCUGACAGUGGUUUGGGCCUUCUUGAAGUGGGCCGGGGACAGAAAGCAUGCACCAGCAACAACGGUGGAGGAAGCCGAUUGCACUAUCCAUGGCUGCCUGUCAGCCACACGCGUAGCUCUGCCCUCCGCCGCCGCCCCGGAGCAGCAAUCACAGCGUGAGGAAACGAUGUACGAUGAAACAGAUGGGCAUGAUUUCACGCAUCAUAGCGACGACGACACAAAUGUCCCUAUGCCGUCGGUCGCCGCCCUGGAACCUGACCCUGAAACUGACACUCAGGCCCUAGACUUGGAGACCAGCCUGACGGAUUCCCUGGGGGAAAUCAAGGAUGCCCAGGGUGCACUGGAUGAUGCCCAGUAUUUCCAAAGGCAGGAGAGCGAGUGCAAGUCAUCAUCAUCCUCAUCGGUACCGAUCCGUGUCGUGUCCAGGAAGAGGCUGCGACAGGUGUCCUCCAGUGACGAGGAGGACCCAUACACAACCACGACCACGUCGCGCAUCAGCACGGGGAGCAGCCGCCAUCGAGUCUCGGAGGACGAGACUCGCGAGAUAUUGAACGUUUUUGCUGAUGAGAUUGCGAAGUAUGUUGACACGGGUAAAACCGUGUCCAUCUUAGAUGUACGUGAGAAGCGUACACCUAAGAUAGCUGCGCUCUCAGAAAAACAACUCCGUGAGAAACUACGAAAUAUUGUGAAAAAUCUCAAGUUACGAAAGUCUUAUAUAGUUGCUUAUCCGUGAGCUCACAUUACCCGUGUCGGCUGACAAUACUGGUUUUUGUACCCAGGAAACUGUUGUAUAUAUUUUUUUUUGAUAUGUUCUCGUUGUAUUAAUGUAUUUCUGUGCCAAGAACUCGUUUUACCCAGGAAUGUGACUUUAUUAUGUUGUACAUAUUGGUACUACUGGUUCUACUAACCCUACCCAGGUAAAUUACUCAUUGCCACAGAUAAGCAGCGUAUCUGCGUCUUUCACCCUAUUAAAAUGUUAAAAAACGCAAAGAAAUACAAUAUCAUGCGUAUUGAAAACGCAACCAAUUUGACUUUUACGCAAAUUCGUCAAAUUAAAUGCGUACAAUACAAUAGCUUUGAUCGAAAAUACUUUGCUUAUUUUCGGUAUUUUCUCUUUAUGAUGCGAAAUAAAAAUGUCUAAGAGAGGUCGAAAGACGUCCGCGCUAGUCGCGCCAAAAUAUCAGUCGAUAAGUUUGACAUUUACAAAGAUGUCAGUUAACAACAGGUUUUUUUUUAAUUUCAAAGUUUAUAUUUAUAUAUGGACUGUUUCAAGGAUUAAAUACUCUAUGAAACAUCAGUUUAUUUAAGUUAAUUAUAUGUUUUUAGUUUACAGUUUUAUUGAAUCAAUACAAGGGUGCAGCUUCAACUGAAGUAAAGCAGCGAUGAUUUUAAGGUUUGCAUUUUUAUAACUCAUUUCACCCUAUUUCGAGAAUGAAAUCACCCUAUUUUUCAAAAUCAAUGGGUGAAAACCCUAUUUUCCAAAUAAUUAUCUGGGGCAUUGUUACUUGAUUUAUUGUUAUAUAUAAUCAAUAUAUACGCAUGCAUAAUUAGUACUGGUUCUGCCCAGCGUUUUUUGUCUGAAACUAUUAAAAUAAUACACACAUCAGUGUAUUAAUAUUACAGACACUCACUUGUUGUUAUCAAUAUUGCCUAGGGAUAAGCCACAAGACUUCAAACACAAAAGUGCGAACGAACUUACAAUAUUAUUUAUGGGCUGAAUGUAUCCGAUAAUUAAUACCAAAAGCUUGAUCCGCGACAAUAAAUGACUGAUUGACUGAAUAAGUGACUGAGUGCGUGACUUUGUGAUUGAGUGACUGACUUUGAGUGAGGUAGUGAUUGAGUGAGUAAGGUAGUGAGGAAGUGAAGGAGUGACUGACUGAGUGAUCGAGUGACUG